UAGUCGGUACCAAUGGUACUAAAAGCCAUACCAGUGACCGUGGCUGUUGUAAAAAUGAACCCGUGACUGUGCGGUUACCAGUGAUCCAGUUGACACCGUUGACAUAUGCUUAGGAACCCGUCAGACAGUGCUCAAAUAAUGACUGUGCAAAGCUUGGAGACUUUGGACGCUAAGAACGGGGAAACUAUGCAAAACAUCAGUGACAAGGCUAGCAGCAACGCCCAGCAGGCUAGCAAGAACGGACACAUUAGUUUUAGUGUAGCUUCUCUCCUGGCCGACACCAGGCCGGCCAGACCCGCGUCUCCUACUUCGCACAAUUCCUCCACCGCACCCUCCACGAGUCCCGUUCACCAUUCCUCCGACGAGGAGUACGACUCUAAUCAAGAGGACUCGAUAGUGGACGUGGAGGACUUGAAUUCCGACCAAAAAUCCGACGAUGGUCCUUCCAAAGACAGUGAGUACCUCCACCAGAGGGAACGGGAGCGAGAUUUCCCCAAAGAGUCGAUCAUGAACCAAGGUCCGAUCAGACCGACACCUUUCUCGGCUUUGGCAGCGGCUGUAUAUCAAGCGGCGCAUCCAAAUUGGUCCCAUCAGGGACUAGUGAACCCUUUUGGUGGUCCAGGACCCAUGUUUCAGGGCGCCACGCCUUUCGGAGUGCCCAACAUGAACUCAGUGGAUUCCAACGGGGAGCCCCCUAAAUUAAAGUGUAACCUGAGGAAGCACAAACCAAAUAGGAAGCCCAGGACUCCGUUCACCACUCAGCAACUCCUAGCUUUAGAAAAGAAGUUCAGGGACAAGCAGUACCUUAGCAUAGCAGAGAGGGCGGAAUUUUCCAGUUCAUUGCGACUGACAGAAACACAGGUGAAGAUCUGGUUCCAGAACCGCCGUGCCAAAGCCAAGCGGCUGCAGGAGGCCGAGCUGGAGAAGCUGAAGAUGGCCUCUCUGUCGCGCCACCCCCACGCGCUCUACCCUCACCCCGCAUUGCAGGGCUAUUUCGCCCCCGGCGCGCAUCCUCUGGCUUCGCUGCUGGGCGCGCGGCCCCCCAUGGGUCCCCUCGGGCUGUUGCCCCAGCCGCCCCCGCCCCCUCACCUCGCCUCCCCGCAGGGGGGCGGCAGCAUACGGUCUUCCAGCCCGCACAUGUCCUAG